AUGACAGAGGAAGAACUAAAAAUGAGCACAGGGGAAGUUCAAGCCUUGUCGACCAAUUAUGCACGUAAUGAAAAAGGAAACCCAUUUAAAAGAGCACGCAUGGGUAGAAAAGUAGAUAUAAAAAGUACUUUGAUCCAAACCUCCAAUAAAUUUAAAGUUAUUUACGGAGAGGUAGCAGGAGGGUUGGAUACAUUUGGCACUCCUACUGCCUGUCGCUCUGAAGAAUAUAUAAGAAUUAUUGUUGCAAUAUUGCCUUUAGCAGAAAAACAUGAUCAUGAAACACCAGAAAUGUGGUGCUCUCGUAUUCGUGAUCCAUUUAGGAAAAUACUAGAAGAGAACCCAAGAAUCCUUUCUAAGAAUGGAUAUAUUACAAUAUAUGGAAAGCUAUAUGUAGAUGAUAGGAUUCAUAAUCAUCCAACCAAUUAUAUAUAUUGCAGUGCUUUGCUGAAACUUGGAGUUUACAAUCGAUAUUGA